AUGCCGAGCCCGGAGAGAAGGGAGUUGGCAGAGGCUGUUGUCCGCCACCUGCGCCGUGCCGGCGUGAGGCUCAAGCGCUGGAAGCCCCCCCUGAGCGACUCGCCCUGCCAGGAGAAAUCUCCCCUGGCAUCACCCGCCGGCCCGUUCGGGACCCCGCUGCACGCGCUGCCCCUCUCGGAGAGUGUGGAGGGAGUACCGCGGUUCCUGGUGCAGAUCUGCGAGGCCCUGCGGCGGCAUCUGCACACGGAGGGGCUGUUCCGGAAAUCCGGCUCCGUGACCCGCAUCAAGGCCUUAAAGGCCCAGCUGGAGGCCGGGGAGAGCUGCCUGGACUCGGCUGCCCCCUGCGACCUGGCUGCGCUGCUCAAACAAUUCCUGCGGCACCUGCCCGAGCCCCUGAUCCCAGCCGAGCUGCAGGAGCCCUUGUGCCGCGCCCAGCAGCACCCAGCCGAGGGCGAGCGGGGCCCCCUCACCCUGCUGCUGAGCUGUCUGCUGCCCCGCCACAGCGCCCGCGCCCUCCGCUACUUCUGCACCUUCCUGCGCGACGUGGCGGCCAGGUGCCAGGAGAACAAGAUGGACGAGGCCAACCUGGCCGUGAUCUUCGCCCCCAACCUCUUCCCCAGCUGUGCGCUGAGUGACGCGCCGGGCGCCGAGCGGCGGCUGCUGCUCCAGGCGGGUGCUGUGCAAGCCCUGAUCAGCCACGCGCCCCACAUUGUGGACAGGGGCUGGGUAGCAGCAAAGAGGCACCUGACAGAUGGGGGUGUCCGGGGGCUGCAGGCAAGUGGCUCUGGGGUGACGGGAAGGGGAUUCUCAGUCCUGGGGUGUCUUGGCUCCGAGCCCCCCCGUGUCUCCCCUCUAGGCAGAGUCCCCCAGUUUCUCCUGGACAAACUCCCAGCUCCUGCCCCUGAGCCAGACAGCGGCUGCCAGAGCCAGGCGGGGCCCGGGGAUGCCGGAGACGGGCUGGCGGAGCGGAACCAGAGACUUCGCCGGAGGAGCGUUGGUGACAUUGUGAACGGGGCCCUGACCAAACUGAGAGUGGGGCGUGGCGCUGUGGGGCUGGGAGUGGACUCCCCGAGCGGCUCCAGCCUGGUGCCCCAGACGACCCCCUUCAGCGCCAAGCGCAAGGCCUUGGAGGAGCUGGUCCAGGAGGCCCUGCUGGGCACCAAGAAGCGGAGACCCGCCGUGGGGCCGGCUGGCUCGGAUCUCUCCACGGACGAGGCCGGGGACCCCUUGGAUCAGCCCCUGGAUGAUGCUCCUGCCAGCCCCCCCGAGGUCUUCACCGACAGCCCCCCAGAGCUGUCCCCCGCUGUGGGGACUCUGCCCCCCAGUGCCGGCCUGCACCGAAGGAAGAGCAGCUGCAAGAGGCAUCCUCAGAGGAAGCUCUCUGCCCGAUCCGCCCGCGGCUCCCCAGACCCCUUCGAGCGACAGGACGCGGGGCGCAAAUCCUUGCGUGUUUUCGCCCGUAGCGGGAAGGAGCUGCCUCCCCCGGACUUCGCCAAGCAGGACGCCAAGGCCCCCGAGCCCAGCAGUUGGCACCUGAUGAAGAGGGUGGUGGCAGACUCCCUGGAGGGGCACCGAGCCCCACAGAGCUGGGUCCCGCUGCCCUUGUCCAGGCCCACGGAGCCGGAUGAUGGGACACCUGCUGUGGAAGACCCCGCUGCCGGGCACAGGAAGCAAGACCCCGUGCCCUGGGCGGGAUCUGCGGACGCCGGCAAGAAGCCGUGCACCAAGGAGCUGGACCUGGAGGCCUGGUCCAGAAGCUGCCCUGGGGUCCCCCGCAGGCAGCAGCGGGCCCUGCGCAGGUCCCUGAGCUGGCCGGAGGGCCUGUCGGGGGCAGAGGGCAGCGUCAACGACCCCCCAGGAGCUGCCGGGUCAGGCAGCUCCCCAUCCCGCCCUGGAGGAGGUGAGAUGGAGCCACUGGAUGACGCCCCGGGGAGCCGACCUGGCCUGGAGCCGCUGGGCACGCCCAUGCUGUGCAUCACAUUGGCCCCUGGCGGUACUGUGCCCGGCUGCCUGGGGGCUGGGGAGGGUGGCGAGGAGGAGGAGCGGCCAGCUCCUGGCUCUCUUGCCCAGCAUCUUCCCAGCCCUGAUGGUGCCCCCAGGCGCCAUGUGAAGCGACUGACCCUGGCCUUCCCGCGCUCCCCCGCCCAGCCCGCCGGAGCCGGCACCCCCAAGCGGGUGGCCCGAGGCCGGCGCUUCGGGCGCUCGCUCAGCCAUGAGAGUGCCCUGCCCAGCGGGGUCCAGGCCCAGGCCUCGGGGCGGGGCAACUCUGGCCUGCAGCCCCCCAAGAGUCCACUGAGCUACUUCCGGGCCUGCGGGCGGCAGAUCUUGGUCAGCCACAAGCACCUCACCCUGGCCUUUGCGGGGCUGCGGGGCCGGAGGGAGCCGGGCAGGGCCAUGCCCACCGCCAGCCCCCAGGAUGUGGCCCCCGCCGGCCCCUCCUGCGACCCCCAGCUCCAGCAGCUGCUGGGGGCCAAUCGGCACCACUCCCCCAAAAAUCCCCCCCUGCCGGCUACUAAACUCACUGCCAGCCAGGGCUCCCUGGAUCUGUGA